AUGGAUGAUAUAGACCAAUCAGAAAUAUAUGAUCCUUCCGUAAAUUCAUUCAGUCAAGUUGGUUCUGUUAUUGAUCAUCUUCUGUUCUUGCAAAGUGAGAUACAAGGGAAAAUUUCAGUUACCUUAUCUCCAAAGGCCCCAGAUCUGUUAUAUAAUUUGAUCAAUGGAGAUGAUAGCAAGAGUUUGUAUUUCCAAAAGAAUAUUCGAUCUUAUAACAGUAUGUUUGCCUUUACGUCUCUUGGCGGUAAGGUAUUGGAUUCAGUGAAUGAUGGGAGGGGUCCACCGCAGUUUAUAAUAAGUGGUCAAAAUUAUCAUCGGAUUGGAAGUUUGCUCCCAAAUGCUGGUGAGAAGCCUAAAUUUGCGCAAUUAUACAUAUACGACACUCAGCAUGAGAUAAUGCAUAGGCAGCGAAUCUUUGGGCAAACAUCUGAGAUAGAUAAAGAAUUGAUAACUGAGUUGUUGCAAAUGAUCGAUACUCAUAAUGUCAUAGCACAGUCAUUUCGAAAAGUUAAAGAAUUCUAUCAGUGUCAUCCAUCUGAGAUUUUCUCAUUGAAGUUGUAUUCGCAACGGAACGUUGAUCGAAGAAUGUACAGUGCUCCCUCUUGCGAUGAAGUUGCUGCUUUAAUUGUUGGCGAUUUUGAUUCGUCGGACCAUGGUCGUGACAUUAUUAUUAGGAAGCAUGAAGAUGGAAUUAUUCACAAGUGUAGGCGGUUGUUUCAACAAUUUGUUGUUGAUUGUUUCACGAUGAUUGAGUCCCAAAGGUUGUAUGAGAUUAGAAUGAAGCAAAGUACAAUUAGAGGAGAAGUUCUUCAAGGAAUAGAGGAGGCUAUGCGUCGUGGUGAUGAUGAGGCUUCUUCAAUUGGGACACGAAUUAUUUUGCCUUCCUCCUUCACUGGUGAUAGACGUUAUAUCGGUUCACAGAGCGAGAGCGAAUUCCCAUCGCUGAUCCCUGAUAUCUCUUGUCGUGUUUUUCAUGCCAAGUUGAAGUGCCUUCUUAGCGAUCUCAAGGAAGGUGUGUUUUUUGGUCCACUUAAUGCAGGUAUGUAUACUAUUGAGUUCCAAAAAAGAGGUCUACCUCAUGCACACAUGUUACUCUGGCUUAAUGGAGAAAGCAACUUACAAAGUGUUGAAAUUGUUGAUAAAUUCAUUUGUGCCGAGCUACCCAAUCCACAGAAAUUUCCAUCUCUUUAUAAUGUCGUCACCAAGUACAUGAUCCAUGGUCCCUGUGGUGCACUUAGACCGAGUUCUCCUUGCAUGAAAGAUGGUAAGUGCUCAAAAUUUUAUCCAAAAAGAUUCGUUGACCAAACGAGUUUUGAUGAAGAUGGGUAUCCAAUAUAUAGACGUCGUAAUAUGGGUGUGACGGUGAAAAUCAACGAUGUCGAUAUUGACAACAGAUUUGUUGUGCCAUAUAAUCCACUGUUGUUAAUGAAAUAUCAAGCUCACAUAAAUCUUGAGUUUUGUAACAAGUCAAAUGUCAUUAAGUAUCUUUUUAAGUAUGUUAAUAAGGGUCCGGAUCGGGUGACUGCAACUGUUAGAGAAAGAUAUGAUGUUGGUGAAUCUUCUCAGGUGGUUGAUGAGAUCAAACAGUAUUAUGAUUGUCGUUAUUUGUCACCUUCUGAAUCCAUGUGGAGAAUUUUUGCUUACGAUAUUCAUCAAAGAUGGCCGUCGGUACAGAGGUUGACUUUUCACUUGCCAAACCAGCAACAUGUUGUAUUCGAUGAUGCUGAUAGCACUACUCAUGUUUAUUUGCGCAACAGAGAUUUGCUUACGAUGUUUACGGGUUGGAUGAUGGCCAACAGGCGGUUCAUGGAGGGGCGGUCUCUAACAUAUGUUGAAUAUCCAGGUAAAUUUGUAUACUGUUUGAAGAGUAGGGAGUGGAAACCAAGACAGAGGGGAUUCUCUAUUGGAAGAUUGAGUUUCGCUCAUCCCUCAUCCGGUGAACUUUUCUACAUGCGGAUGCUUUUGAAUGUGCAGAGAGGUUGUACCAGUUUUCGAAGUAUAAGAACUGUGAAUGGUGUUACUUAUGAUACAUUUCAAGAGGCAUGUUCUGCCAUGGGUUUCUUGAUAGAUGAUAACAAGUAUGUUUCUGCUAUUAAGGAAGUCGCCGAGUUAGCGUCAGCUGCACAGUUAAGGAGGCUUUUUGUGAUCUUGCUGCUAUCUGGUUCCAUGGGAAGACCUCUAUUAGUUUGGGAGCAAACUUGGGCUUAUUUGUCUGAUGAUAUUCUUUAUCACAGAAGACAUGAGCUACAAUACCCUGAUCUAACUAUGAGUCAGGAUGAGUUACAAAUGUUUGGUUUGUUGGAGAUUGAGAAACUAUUGCAGAGUAAUGGAAAAUCAUUGAGAAAUUAUGCUGGUAUGCCGGUUCCUGAUAACUCUUUAGUCUCUCAAUUUAGCAAUUUGAUGCUACUGCGUGAGUUACAGUAUGAUACUGUUUCUUUGUCUCGGGAGCAUGAUGCAAAUAUAUUAAAGUUAAAUGAAGAACAGAGGGUGGUCUACGAUAAAGUUAUUGAUUGUGUUUUAAAUAAGAGACAUGGAUUCUUUUUUGUGUAUGGGUUUGGUGGCACUGGAAAAACUUUUUUAUACAGAGUUUUGUCAGCUAGAUUGCGAUCUGAGAAAAAGAUUGUUAUUAAUGUUGCUUCUAGUGGUAUUGCUUCUCUGUUGUUACCGGGUGGUAAGACGGCACAUUCUAUGUUCAAUAUUCCUGUUGAGCUUACUGAAGACACUGUUUGCCGGAUUAAGAAGGAUAGCCCAAAGGCUGAGGUAUUUCGAAUUGCUGAUUUGAUUAUUUGGGAUGAGGCACCCAUGACUAACAAAUUAGCAUUUGAAGCGCUCGAUAGGACGUUGCGUGAUAUAAUGGUUUCGGUCUCUGAUAGGAAUAAAAAUUUACCUUUUGGUGGGAAGGUGGUUGUUCUUGGUGGUGAUUUUAGGCAGGUCUUGCCAGUUAUUCCAAAAGGUUCGCGUGCUGAGAUUGUUAUGGCUUCCAUAAAUUCUUCUGUUCUUUGGAAAUAUUGUGAGGUUUUGCAAUUGACAAAAAAUAUGAGGUUAGGAAUCGGGUCUGAACAAUCAUCUGCUCAGGAGUUAAGGUUGUUUUCAGAUUGGAUACUUCAAAUCGGUGAAGUGGAAGAUAUUGUAAAUACAAUAUACCCGAAUUUGGUUCAGAAUUUUAGUGAUCCAAGUUUUUUCCAAGAUAGGGCAAUACUUGCUCCGACUGUUGACAAUGUUGAAGAGAUAAAUAAUUAUAUAGUUGAUUUGUUGCCCGGUGAGGAGAAAAAUUAUCUCAGUGCUGAUUCGAUAUGUGGUAGUGAUGCCUAUUCUGAUGUUGAUGUUGAUUGGAUAACUGUUGAAUUCUUGAAUCAGAUUAGGUGUUCUGGUCUACCUAAUCAUUCGUUAAAGUUGAAAAUAGGCGUUCCUAUUAUUUUGUUGAGGAAUAUUGAUCCGGCCGGUGGUUUGUGUAAUGGGACUCGACUUGUCGUGCGAGAUCUAGGGACAAAUGUCAUUGGUGCAGAUAUUGUUUCUGGUAGCAAAGUUGGGGACAAAGUUUUUAUCACCAGAAUGAGUAUGAUUCCUAGUGAUACGGUUAUACCGUUUAAAUUCCAACGCCGUCAAUUUCCGGUUUCUCUGUCCUUUGCGAUGACAAUCAACAAAAGCCAGGGUCAGACAUUAUCAACGGUCGGUUUGUUCUUGCAUCGUCCUGUGUUUUCUCAUGGUCAACUUUAUGUAGCUCUUUCCCGGGUUCGGAAUAGAAACGGUCUUAAGAUUUUACUUUGUGAUGAAGGAUUAGAUGAUGCUGGUAGGACUGAAAACGUUGUCUUUAAGAAAGUUUUUGAUAAGAUAUAA